GCGGCAGCCGGCCGAGCCCGCCCUCCACUCGCCCACAGCCGCGGCCGGGCGGCGGGCACGCGAGCGGAGGGCGCGCGGCUCGCCGGGCGCAGGGAGAGGCCCGGCCGAUACCAGGGCGGAGGGCCGCGGGCCAUGGCGCCCCGGGCCCCCGCCGCCCACCGCCCCCGCCCGCCCGGGCGUCCCGGAGCUGCGCCUCGGAGCCCGCGGAGCCGCGGCCCGCCGGGAGGCGACUUGGAGCUCUUCUUGGUGCUGACAUGAUGACAGUGUGCAGGCCAGCCAAGGGCAGCCACAUCCAGACUGAAAGCCUGAGCUACAAAUUGGCUGACAAGGUCAAGGUGGAAGGUCCAAAGGCUGGGGAAGACCCUCGAAGGCUGCCAUUUAAGCCCCCCAUUCCUUUCCCAGAGACUGAUCAGGAUUCACCCCCCAGAAGAAGCUCAUUGGAAAGACUCAAUAACCUGAUGCUAGAGUCAAGAGUGGACUGUUUUCAGCAGAACAUGUUCAGCUCAAAUAUGAUCAUCAGCAACGCAGCUUCAGAUCUCAGUGCUAAAGAAGCCAGCAAGGCAGGCAAGAGGCAGCUCAGUGGCAUUCAGAACCCCUGCCCUCCUACCCGAGGCGGGGCCCUGCACAAGCCCCUCAGCAUAAAGGACAAGAUAUCCGAAUGGGAAGGGAAAAAGGAGUUGCCCCCUCCUGCAGCGGGCAGGAAAGCAGAUGGGCAGGAGGACUACCUGAUGUCCUGUGUGAUGGGGAGGAGAAGCAGUGACGGUGUGAGAGCGUGGCUCCCGGAGGUUCAGGAUGGGACCAGGCCCGAGACAGAGAGCAAGGAAAAUGAGAGGAAUAAAGGGGUCAUGAAAGUCGGGGGGCAGGAUGCAGAGCCAAGGCAAGACCUCAGCCAACCAGCCGGGCAGCUGGCACCCAGCUUGGGCCGAGGCCGAGAGCCCAGGCUGGGCAAGCAGCGCUUUCCGAACGAUAGCCUCUCUGUGCUGAGGCAGGUCAAGAAACUGGAGCAGGCUCUGAAGGAUGGGUCGGCAGGGUUGGAUCCCCAGUUACCGGGGACUUGUUACUCCCCACACUGCCUGCCGGACAAGGCUGAGGAUGGGCCCGCCCUUCCUGAGAACCGUGGGGGCGGGCGUGGCUCGGAAUUCAGGUCCUACCCCUGGGACCUGGAGGCUAGGGAGCCCGCUCCUGAGGCCGCAGAGGAAAGGAAAGGCUCGUGCAGGAGGCCCUGCGACCAGAGCCUGGAGGGUGUGGACAGGGGCUCGGAGGGCUCCCCUGCAAAAGCCUUCAUCAACCCCCUGCCCAAGCCCCGGAGAACGUUCAAACACGAUGGAGAAGGGGACAAGAACGGGAACCCAGGCAUCAGCUUCCGGAAGGAUAAAAGGCACCUGCCUCCUCUGCCUUCUCUACCUCCCCCGCCCCUUCCCUCCUCCCCCCCGCCCUCCUCUGUGAACAGAAGACUCUGGACUGGGAGGCCGAAACCCAGUGCUGACCACAGAAAGUCCUAUGAGUUUGAAGACUUAUUGCAGUCUUCCUCUGAGAACAGCAGGGUGGACUGGUAUGCACAGACUAAGUUGGGGCUCACACGCACUUUAUCAGAGGAGAACGUCUAUGAAGACAUUCUAGAUCCACCAAUGAAGGAAAACCCUUAUGAGGACGUUGACUUACAUGGUCGCUGCCUGGGGAAGAAAUGUGUCUUGACCUUUCCUGGUUCUCCCACUUCUUCCAUUCCUGACACACCCUCCAAGCAGUCAUUGGCCAAACCUGCUUUUUUCCGGCAAAAUUCAGAGAGGAGGAACUUCAAAUUGCUGGACACCAGGAAGCUGAGUCGGGAUGGAUAUGGGUCCCCUUCCAAAAUCAGCCCCCCCUCCACCCCCAGCAGCCCUGAUGACACUUUCUUUAACCUUGGAGACCCACAGAAUGGCAGGAAGAAGAGAAAGAUACCCAAGCUGGUGUUGCGAAUCAAUGCCAUUUAUGAGGCGCGGAGAGGGAAGAAACGCGUGAAGAGGCUCUCCCAGUCCACGGAGAGCGGCUCGGGAAAAGUGACAGAUGAAAACAGUGAGUCUGACAGUGACACGGAAGAGAAGCUGAAAGCUCACAGCCAGCGCCUGGUCAAUGUGAAGUCCCGCCUGAAGCAUGCUCCCAGAUACCCAUGCCUUGACCGGGAGCUCAUGGAGUACCAACAGAGGCAGCUGUUCGAGUACUUCGUGGUCGUGUCCCUACACAAGAAGCAGGCCGGGGCUGCGUAUGUGCCAGAACUCACCCAGCAGUUCCCUCUCAAGUUGGAAAGGUCUUUCAAGUUCAUGAGAGAGUCUGAGGACCAGCUGAAGGCUAUCCCUCAGUUCUGUUUCCCUGAUGCCAAGGACUGGACUCCUGUCCAGCAGUUUACCAGUGAAACCUUCUCAUUUGUCUUAACUGGAGAAGAUGGGAGCAGACGGUUUGGUUACUGCCGAAGACUGCUGCCUGGUGGCAAAGGGAAGCGUCUCCCUGAAGUUUACUGCAUCGUGAGCCGCCUGGGAUGCUUCAGUCUCUUUUCAAAGAUCUUGGAUGAGGUGGAAAAACGGCGAGGCAUUUCUCCUGCCCUGGUACAGCCCCUCAUGAGGAGUGUCAUGGAAGCCCCUUUCCCAGCACUGGGCAAAACCAUUGUUGUCAAGAACUUCUUGCCAGGAUCGGGAACUGAGGUAAUUGAACUGUGCCGCCCACUGGACUCCCGGCUCGAGCACGUAGACUUUGAGUCUCUCUUCUCGUCUCUCAGCGUCCGCCACCUGCUCUGUGUGUUUGCCUCCCUGCUUCUGGAAAGAAGGAUCAUCUUCAUCGCAGACAAGCUCAGAGCCUGGGAGCUGACUGCUGACCACGUGAAUACCAGAGGAGUUACCCUGUUUCCCGUGAUUGCACCUAGCACGCUGUCCAAGUGCUGCCACGCCAUGGUGGCUGUCAUCUACCCCUUCACCUGGCAGCACACCUACAUCCCUGUGCUGCCGCCCGCCAUGAUCGACAUCGUGUGCUCACCAACCCCCUUCCUCAUCGGGCUGCUCACCAGCUCGCUGCCGCUGCUCCGGGAGCUGCCACUGGAAGAGGUCCUUGUGGUCGACCUCGUCAACAAUCGGUUCCUCAGACAGAUGGAUGACGAGGAUUCCAUCCUCCCCAGGAAGCUUCAGGUGGCCCUGGAGCACAUUCUGGAGCAGAGGAAUGACCUGGCUAGUGACCAGGAUGAAGGGCCCCCAGACUGCAAGCACGGCCCCCAGUCCAGCCCCUUGAACGAGGUGGUGUCCGAAGCCUUCGUCCGCUUCUUCGUGGAGAUCGUGGGCCACUACUCCCUGUUCCUGACGGCGGGCGAGCGCGAGGAGAGGACCCUGCAGCGAGAGGCCUUCCGCAAAGCCGUCUCCUCCAAGAGCCUCCGCCGCUUCCUGGAGGUUUUCAUGGAGACCCAGACCUUUCGGGGCUUCAUCCAGGAGCGGGAGCUGCGCCGGCAGGAUGCCAGAGGUCUGUUUGAGGUCCGAGCCCAAGAGUACCUAGAAACACUCCCCAGUGGAGAACACAGCGGCGUCAAUAAGUUCCUGAAGGGACUCGGCAACAAAAUGAAGUUUCUCCACAAGAAAUAACCUUCAGCUCAGCCUCAAGGGAAAACUUCCUCGUGGUUGCAACCACAUUUUUUAAAAAACGGUCCUGGUGGCCUUUCUGAAAUGCUGGGUCCUGGUUGUAUGGGAUAAAGGCCGGAUGGUUUCCGGCUGCCCCAGGGCCUCCCCAGGACCCAGGGCCCAGCGGGUGCUGCUCCUGCAGAACAGCCCUGGAAAGGGGACCUGAGACCAGGCAUGGCAGCAACUUUCAAAUGGAUUGUUUGGGUUGUUGGGUUUGGGAUUUUUUCUAUUUUUUACUCUUAGGUAUUAAAAGAAAGAAAAGUG